GUAUUUAAUUAGAGUUACUGAAAUGUUAUUAUCUCAUUUCUAGGCAGAUUGUUUUCAAGCUUAGUUGUAUCAUCUUUUUUCCCCAAUGAGCUGCAUUGCUGUAUCACACUGGAGGUCUCUCUCUCAUGGACAUACAGAGCUUCUGCCCUCAGAGGGGACCGUGCAAUAUCACAUUUUUUUUCCUCUAAGUCACAGACUUUAUAUUUCAUGCUGUUACUCAGUACUUUACGUUUGAAUUAAACAUAGCUUGUUUUUUUAUUUCCUUUUUUCCUUUUGGAAUAAAACAUAUAUUCUGGAAAAGUAUCUAAUUUUGAUAUGAAUACAUCAGGAAAUGGAUAAUCAAUCAUUUCCUUUAGAAGUUUGUUCCAGUGGUUAAUCGCCGUCACUGCUUGAAAAAUUGUGACCGUUUUGAAUUUCUGAUUUCAACUUCCAGUCACCGGUUCUCAUUAUGCCUUUCUCUGCCAGAUGUAAGAACCCUUUAGUAUCCAGUAUGUUCUCGUCUGGAAGUAACUACGCUGUGUAAUUAAGACAUCACUCAUUUUUUUUCUUCCCCACAAACUCAGUAGAUGGGUCUCUAAAUCUCUCAAGGUCAGGUGUCUGUUUGUCAGUUCAGUCAAAUGUUCUAUGUUGCCUUUUGGAUUCUAAUAGUGGUUGGUAAAAACUGAGCUCCAGGCUUCUGUGGGGUGUUCUGCUGUGUGGGAGCAUGCAAACAAUUUCUUCGUUUGUCAUUUGUUUGGCUUUGAUUCUUGUAGAAUUUGGAAUUUCAUUGUGUUUUAUGUGCCCACCAUGCUCCCUAAAUCUUUUUCUAGAAUCACAGCUUUCCAGGGUCCCAUUAGGUUCAGUUUUCUUCUCAGCCUUAUAUAUUAUCUUUGCACUGGUUGCAUUGAUGUCGUCUUCAUUUCAAAUGGGAUCCCUUUAACAAGUGACCCGAGAUAGACCCCAUAUGAGUAUUUUCAUUUCAUCAUUAUUUACCAGGCUGCUAAUAUUUGUGUCAGCCAUCUGUCUGUCAGUGCUGACUUUAUAUUCCCUUGCAGAACAUCAGUGAAAAUGCUGAGCAGCAUGGAGUACACUUCAAAGCCCUGCAGAAAGCCACUAUAGCAUCCUCAUUUGAUGAUGGUCUGAUUGACGCAGCUGGGUUUUGAGUUAUGUUAAAUAGCCAUGUCUUAGCCAUUUAACAUAAGUUUCCUUGAUGUUAUACGGUGUUUAUCUAGUAAGUAUGUCAAGCACUAAGUCUAAAGCCUUGAGAAAGUCUGCUACAUCUGUGCAGUUAGCUUUUGUGCAGGCAGAACAUGAAACCAGUUUUAUUUGAGGAGAGCUAUUUUCCAUAAACCCACAUUGACUGGCAGUAAUUAAAAUCUUGUUCUUUCAUGUUUCAGCAGUUCAGUCCUGUCUCAGCUUUUCAGCUGUUUUACCUGGAAUUGAUGCAAGGUUAACUGCUCUAUAGUUCCUCCAUAAUUGCACUUGAUUUCCUCUUCCUCCCUCCCUCCUUCUUUAUCUCUCUCCCUCUUGCUUUCCAGGCUACUACGCUGCUUUCAGUCACUUGGGAUCCCUCUGAUAUUAGAAUUUAUUAAAAAUUAACAUUAGCAAGCCAGAGUUCUCCUCUGUCAAAUAUUUAAGGACCCCUGAGUGUGAUUUAUCCAGUCCUGCUGAUUUAAAAAUGUUUAUCUCUAUGAGAUGAUGUUUAACAUCCUGCUUAUUUCCUAAUGGGUUGGAAAGGACGUGUUCAACUUUAGUCUCAUAAAUAACAUCUCGUUAUUACUUCCCAAAUACCAAACAAAUAGUUACUGAAUGACUCUGGCUUUUUUGUAUUAUUAUUAUUUGAAAUUUUACACUGGCAAUAUGUCUAUCUAACACUACUGAAGAAAUCCUGCUCAGAAUUGCCAUGGGUCAGUGUUUCAUAGAACCAAUAACUGUUUGAGCUGGAAGGGACCUUUAAAAGUCAUCUAGUCCAACCCUUCUGCAAUGAACAAGACAGGUCCCACCUGACCUUGAAUGUCUUCAGGGAUGGUGCAUAGAGCACCUCUCUGGGCAACCUGUGCCAGCACCUCACAACCCCUUCCAUAAACCAUUCCUUCUUUACAUACCUUCCUGUAUGAGUUUCUUCUUCAUUCUGUACUUCAGAGCAUUCUUAUCUUUUUGCCAUUCAUUAAGUCUUCAAACUACUUCUGAUUUGCCAAUGAAGUAGUUGGGCCUUAGCCAGUCUGUCCUCGAUGAUGCUGAUGGACUGACUCUGUUCUGAAAGAACUUCUGAUUUUCAUUCAUCUUUUCCUCUCUGAAUGUUUCCUCCCACUCGCUCUUCUUGUAAUUUUCCUCAGCUGGAGGAUAUUAGCCUUUGGGAAGCACCGGCUACAAUUGUCUUCAUUUUGUCCACUUUUAAUUACAAGCUCUUAGGAUGAUGUCGCUUUCCAGCUGUAUGACUGAUACGUUCUUUGUUAAUCAGGAUGAGCUACAAAAUGAGUUAAUUCAACUUGGAUGCAGUACUUUUUCCUUAUGCGAAUGAGUAAGCACAUCUUGUCAUCAGAUCGCUUUCUCACUCUCAUUUGGGUGAACUGCAUUGUACCCAGCAAUGAUGAGAUUAAGCUUUCUUCAGAAACACAGGUGAGACCUGGGAAUCUCUGCUUCAUGCAGGCCUGAAGUUCAGCUUCUCCAGGGGAUAACAGGCAUCAGACUUUGCUGUUCAUAUUAGCCUCAUCUCACAUUUGGUUUAUUACUCUGCCUAAGUUGCUCCAUAUUCUAAUGACUUCCUCAGAACUCACUGCUGCAGAUGGUGUAUUUAUAUUAACUUAAAGAUUGCAUUCCAUCUUUCAAAUGAGAUUAAUAAAUUUUCAGGCCAUUGUGGUUACCCGAGCUGACCUCCUAUAAACACAGCCUAUAAUUCUUCACCUAGAUUCCAGCAUCUGGUCCCAUAACUCAUACUUGAAACACAAUGUAUCUUUUUUAGAAAUAUCUUUUUUUAAAAAAAUACAUCUCAUAAAUGUGUAAGGUCUCUGUCACUUGAAAAUAUUUCCAUAUUUAGAAUGAAAUCUUAAUGCCUUGGUGAUUGCAUGGAUAUCACAGUACCUAUGUCUGUUUCUAACUAUGUGUGACAGUGGUACAGCCCUACCUGGUACUGAAGUACCUGUCUUCUUUCGACCUAAAAUGCUUUUCUUAGUCUCUUUCAAGUCGACAUUGUUCUAGAAAUGAACAUGAAACUACAGUUACAGAUGGUGAAUGAAAAAUGCAUGAUAAAAACCAAAAUAAUCAGAUUACCUACAAUGACAUCCCAUGCUGACACAUAUGCACGCAUAUGUUGACUUUCCGUACCUUUUAUUGCUACGAUUUACUUUUCUGUAGUUUCUCUCAAAUGAGGAUGGAGCAAUAGCUGCUGGAAUAGGGACCGUGUUGUUAUUUGCUGUAUGAAGCUUUCAGUACCUCAGAUUAGCAACAGAAACCAAGGACUAGAACCAAGUCUUCAACCUCUUACUAGUACUCCUGGGUUUUACCCUAAUUUUUUUAUUUAAUUUCAUUUCUUUUUCUAUGGCGAGCUUUUACACUGAAGCCUAAUAUACUCUUGCAGAAUGGCAUUCUCCUGGGCCUAUUUGAAAUUCUUGAUCUUUUCUGCAUCUGUUUAAAUCCUGCAUUCAUGCACGUACAGUACAAGGUCAACCUUUUUGUUUGUUACUUUUAUGGAGUUUAAAUAAAGUCCAAAUACCUGACCGAGAUACCUGUCUGGUGCAGCCUUGUGACGGUUGCAAAAUCUUUAGACUCAGAGUGUCACAUGAUUAACUGUUUCAUGAGGAAUACAAGAAACCAUACCAUCAUGGACUUUGCCAUAGGAAGGGUAUGCUUUGGAACUGAGAGCUAUCUAAAGUCUUGUUCACCACUAAUCGGAAUAUGGAAUGUGGUGAACCAUGCUCAAAGGAAAAAAAAAAAAGCAAGCAGAAUGUUGCUGACUUGUCCUCCAAACAGAGCCCUGUGGACAAGGGAGGCUGAUAGCUCACAAACAAACCACAAAGCUCAGACUUUUCAUAGACUUGCUAUCUUGAAAUUUGUUCUUAACCCACAGCAUGGCUAAUCAACUUCAGAGAUCUAUGAGUAUACAAGUAGAGAUGAUCUGCCGCCAGGGAUGUCUUUGUUUAUCUCUAUGCAAGUUAACAUACUUGAGUCCAUUACCGACACUUUCUAAACCAGUAUUGAACCAAGGCACUGGUUUGGCAUUUAGAGACAUUGCACUCUAUGAGGUGUUCUUGUUCAUCUCAAAUAUAGACCUGGACUGCUUCUUGUGAAACUUAUUGCCCUGCUAAAAUCUCAAGAAAUUGCCCGUGAAAGGUGUUGUUUUGGAAUGUCUACACUUAGCCCUGAAAUACUUUCAUUUUCUAUCUUCCCCCCCUUCUCCCCCCAUAGAUAAACUCCCUCUAGGCUUUUGAAAGGAUUAUUUUAUAUUUCUGCUGCGUUUUAUUGGUGUGAAUCUUUAGGGAGAGGCUGAUGUGUAAAGGAAAUUUAUUAUUAAGAACUAGUUAUGCUUUUUCCCAGCAGUGAGCUUGUUACUGCCACAUCUUUGUCAAAACUCUAUAAUUCGUAAUUAUGUUUGUCUGACCUAAAUUCUUUUGUGUAAUUGUAGCAAGAUACGGUAUUUUUCAAUUCCAAAGUAGAAAUGUCCACGACUGUGGAGUGUUGCUGGGCAGAGCCUUUCACUCACAAAAGGUGAUAGCAUUUUUGUGGUGGAGGAUUUUUUAUUUAUUUAUUUUUAAUGUUUAUAGCACUAGGAUCCUAUGGGGGCAAAAUGAAAUGUAGAAAUAAGUUAGAUAUAAUGACAUGAUUUUUCAGAACCUAGGAAACUAAUGGUCAAUUAAAUCCCAUUGGAGAGUGCAUAUUAGCUUCCUGGUUUGUUUUGGACCCAUGACUGGAAUGUGUAUGCACAUGCUAUUCAGUCUGGAGCAUUCAUGUGAAAGAUCCUUUGGGUAACUUAACAGCUACAAAUGGCACUUCCAUCUAAAGUUGUUACUGUGCUGCUUUUCUCCACCAGUUCAGUCUUCAGUAAUAGAUCUGAUGAUCAGGUUAGAAAAUUCUCUCUCUUUAUACCUUUCAGAAAAGAAAGAAGAAUCAGAUUCCUUCUGAGAUUCUUCAGAGGUUAGAAUGUUUUCCUUUCUACUUAACAAACCAUAUUUUUCUUUCCCAUAAAUAACACAAGGAAUAUCUUCCCUAAUGCUUCACCUCAGAAGUUUUCAAAGUUUUGCACCCCACGAAGCUUGGGGGAUCUUUAGUAUUUCCGAGUACAUGGACUAGAUAAUACAACCACAAACCUGGGUUUCUGAGCCUUUCACUCUCUGGCUUAUUGACCCAAAAGUUUUUCAUCUGUUCCUUUGAGGCUACUGAGAAUUCUGAUAUUUUCUCCAUCUGUUUCUUGAAAUUUCCCCUGUGAGCACUCGGCAUGUUUCCCCGUUCCUUCCAGAUGACCCUCUCUUGCUGUUCCCACUGGGUGUCAUAAACUCCAUGACUACUUCCAAGAAACGUUAAGAAAUACAGACAUCACUGAUAGAGGCCAGAGGGACUUAGAGAGGUCCUCUUGUACAGAACAGGGUCAGCUACACCUGAGUUUCACCCAGUAAUAGAAGCCAAUAUCCUGACCAGCCACAAAACCAGUACCCAAAGGACAGGAGUGGUCCAAGAAGCAGCAGCAGCAAAUGGCAUCUCCCAAUAAGCCUGACAUGAAGAGAAAGGAGAAUUAUACUCAAAGACAGUGUUUGCCCAACUCACACUGCAAAGCAAAGUCUCAGUGAUACAACACCACUUUUUUAUUUUGCACUUGAGAUUGUCUCAAAUAUUUUCAGUUGAUGGUAAAUGCUGCCUUUUGGAACAAGCUGAUCAUGAUUACAAGGUAAAUCUCAUAAUCAGAGACUCUUAUAAAUGCUGAAGGAUUGCUGGGGUUCAGAAGGAUCUAUCUCAACUUGUAGGUAACACAAUUUCAAAUGAAAAUCAAUGUUCUUCAUAAAUAUCCUAAAACUUAUUCCUGUCAAUGGACAAAACUUUUCUAAAGAAGAAAGUAUACUUUGGUUCUUGUUAUUGAAUUUAAGGAAGAACAUGAAUUUACAAGGGUUUCAGUCUCCUUUAAAGAGAGAAGUUCUUUAGAAAUUAUGGAAAAUAGACUUCCUUGAAGAUACAUUUCUAUACAAAAGGAACUUCAAGUAUCUCUGAAAAUGUGGGAAUAAAGAAAGAGAACAUUUUCCCAGAGCUGCAAACCACUGGAGGCUCCCUUCCAGGAGACGAAACUUGAUGUUCCCACUGGAAGCUGACCCCACAUGUGACUCUCGGCAGGACCAAGCAUGGCCACCAACAGAUACGCUGUCAGAGCCAAACACAAGCCUGCAGGGGAGCGUGAUGCGAUGAGCAGCUGCCACUGCUGAAAACUUUCUUUGUAGACCCUGACACCUGGCUUCCUUCACUGCAAAGCCUGACCUCCUCCUCCAAGGCACCACAGGAGACGCAUUAGUGUGGCAGGUCAGGCAAAGCAAGGAUCCAGGCAGCAGAAGCAAGCUGGUUUCAAAUCAAGAUGGCCCUGUGAUAAUAGCCUCCAUGUUUUUGCUGAAACAUCUUCUAGAAGAUCUGUAAUGCCUCUGAAAGACUUAGAAAAAGUAAAAAAGUGACCUACAAAAGCAUAUAAGAUCUGAACUAGAGAAAGGACUCCUCGCUGUCUGUGAGCAAACCAGGUCUGACUUUUCUUGAAAGCUGCGGGGAACACUUUCUGCAUUUUGAAGAAACUUUUGUCCUUCAGCCAAGACAGGGUUGCUGAGCUCGAAGAUGAACAUCUAAGAUGGAAGCUUCUGCUUCAACUGCUGCUGGGAAAAAAGAAGGAAAAGGUGCGGUUCUGGAGGGGGAUGGCUUUACAGAGACGGGGAAGAAACCCACUCCUUUAGCAGCUGUAGGAGCAGCAGUGGCACAAGGAGUGCCGCAGCACAUUUUUCCGGCCUUCCACGCUCCUUUGCCCAUUGACAUGCGCCACCAGGAAGGACGAUACCAUUACGAGCCUCACUCUAUCCACGCUAUCCACGGGCCUCCUCCAUUGAGCGGCAGCCCGGUCAUCUCUGACAUCUCCCUCAUUCGUCUGUCUCCUCAUCCUGCUGGGCCUGGCGAAUCACCCUUCAGCCCUCCGCACCCCUACGUGACGCCCCACAUGGAGCACUACCUCCGCUCUGUCCACGGCAGCCCCACGCUCUCUGUCAUCUCCGCUGCCAGAGGGCUCAGCCCUGCCGAUGUGGCUCAUGAGCAUCUGAAGGAGCGAGGCCUCUUUGGGCUGCCCCCACCGCCACCAGGAGCCAACCCAACCGACUACUACCACCAAAUGACUCUGAUGGCCGGCCACCCCAACCCUUAUGGGGACAUCUUGAUGCAGAGCAGCGGAGCAGCCAGCACAGCCCACCUCCACGAGUACCUCAGUCCCGUUGAUGUGUCCCGGUUUUCAAGCCCACGGGUGACUCCGAGAUUAAGCCGAAAACGAGCCCUGUCUAUCUCCCCACUGUCUGAUGCCAGCAUUGAUCUGCAGACGAUGAUCAGGACCUCCCCAAACUCCCUUGUGGCAUAUAUUAACAACUCCAGAAGCAGCUCAGCAGCAAGUGGCUCCUACGGCCAUUUAUCUGCCGGGACAAUAAGCCCUGCAUUCAGCUUCCCCCACCCCAUCAACCCCGUGACGUACCAGCAGAUCCUGACCCAGCAGCGAGGUCUGAGCUCGGCUUUUGGGCACACUCCUCCCCUCAUCCAGCCGUCUCCUACCUUUCCCCCUCGGCAGCACAUGGCCGUCAUCUCUGUCAACCCACCUCCGGCACAGAUCAGCAGCAACAGUAACUGCAUCUCCGACUCCAGUCAGAGCAAGCAGAGCAGCGAGUCAGCCGUGAGCAGCACCGUCAAUCCAGUAAUUAACAAGCGCACCAAGGUCAAGACUGAAGUCGAGGGCUUGCCCCCAGUAUCCCCAACCACGCAGGAGCAUCUGACAGACCUGAAAGAAGAUCUAGAUAAGGAUGAAUGUAAACAGGAGCCUGAGGUUAUUUAUGAGACGAACUGUCACUGGGAAGGGUGCACAAAGGAAUAUGACACUCAAGAGCAGCUCGUCCAUCACAUCAACAACGAUCAUAUCCAUGGGGAGAAGAAGGAGUUUGUCUGCCGCUGGCAAGACUGCACACGGGAGCAGAAGCCCUUCAAAGCUCAGUACAUGCUGGUGGUGCACAUGCGAAGGCACACUGGAGAGAAGCCCCACAAGUGCACGUUUGAGGGUUGCUCCAAGGCUUAUUCCCGCCUGGAGAACUUAAAGACACACCUGAGGUCCCACACUGGAGAAAAACCUUACGUCUGUGAACACGAAGGCUGCAAUAAAGCCUUUUCCAAUGCCUCGGAUAGAGCCAAGCACCAGAACAGGACGCAUUCCAAUGAGAAACCCUAUGUCUGUAAAAUCCCUGGCUGCACAAAGAGGUACACGGACCCCAGUUCCCUCAGGAAACAUGUCAAGACCGUACAUGGACCCGAUGCCCACGUCACAAAGAAACAGCGCAACGAUGUCCACCCAAGGCCACCUCCGCUCAAAGAAAAUGGGGACAAUGAGGCAAGCGCCAAGCAGAGCAGUAAGGUGUCAGAGGAGAGCCCUGAGGCCAACAGUACCACGAGGAGCAUGGAGGAUUGCUUACAAGUCAAAACGAUAAAAACAGAGAAUUCUGUGAUGUGUCAGUCCAGUCCUGGUGGCCAGUCAUCAUGCAGCAGUGAGCCGUCACCCCUGGGCAGCACCAACAACAAUGACAGUGGAGUAGAAAUGAACAUGCACAGCGGGGGAAGUCUGGGAGAUCUGACGGCGUUGGAUGACAACGCUCCUGUUGUGGACUCAACGGUCUCAUCUGGUAAUUUGACAGUCAGCCUGCAGCUGAGGAAACACAUGACGACAAUGCAACGACUUGAACAGCUCAAGAAAGAGAAACUCAAGACAGUUAAGGAUUCCUGCUCAUGGGUGAACCCAGCUCCACAAGGCAGAAACACCAAGCUGCCUCCCAUCUCAGGAAAUGGCUCUAUUCUAGAAAACAGUGGUGGUUCUUCUGCUACGCUGCCUAAUCCGAGAAUAAUGGAGCUGUCUGUCAAUGAGGUUACGAUGCUGAACCAAAUCAAUGAGCGCCGUGAUAGUACGACAAGCACCAUCAGCUCUGCCUACACCGUGAGCCGCAGAUCAUCAGGGAUUUCCCCAUACUUCUCCAGCCGCCGCUCCAGCGAAGCUUCACAGCUUGGGCAUCGUCCCAAUAACACGAGCUCUGCUGACUCUUAUGACCCGAUUUCAACAGAUGCUUCCCGCCGGUCAAGUGAGGCGAGCCAGUGCAGUGGGAUGCCGGGCCUACUGAACCUCACACCAGCUCAGCACUACAGGCUGAAAGCCAAGUAUGCUGCUGCCACAGGGGGCCCUCCUCCAACGCCUCUUCCGAACAUGGAGAGGAUGACCUUGAAGAAUAGAAUUUCACUUAUGGAUGGACCAGAGCCCACCUUGCCCUCCAUUCGCCUCCCACCAGGCCCCAGACGUUGCAGUGAUGGCAACAACUACAGCUACACAUCCACUGCAGCAUUUCCCCAUGAAGUUCCGGGCAACUGUGCGAGACGGGCAAGCGACCCUGUGAGGAGACCUGCUGGAGAGCCCCAGGCCCUUCCAAGAGUUCACCGCUUCAACAGCACCAACAGCAUGAACCCCUUCCAUCCUCCACAUCCUGCAGACCGGAGGAAUUUCAGCAUGCAGAGCUAUGGGCGCUCUGAUGGAAGUCUUGCCCGGCACACCUACUCACCCCGGCCACUGAGCAUCAGUGAAAACAUUGCCAUGGAGGCCAUGUCUGGGGAGGCAGAGGUGCCUGUUGGAGAUGAUGACAUUAUGCUGCCAGAUGAUGUGGUACAGUACAUCAAAUCUCAGAACAGUGGGACCGUGGCUGAGAGCACUUCCAUGGGGUACAGCAAUGAGAUGCAGAGCUUCCAGGGAGGCGGGAAGCUGCAGCCCCCAGCCUUUCCCAACCAGCGCAGGAUGGCGGUGGCCGAGGCGAGCAUGAGCCAUUUGGGGCCCAUGAUGGCAGAGUGUUCCAUGAGCUUUGAUGCGGCCUCAGACAUGAAUAAAAAUAACAUGCCUGUCCAGUGGAAUGAAGUAAGCUCGGGUACAGUUGAUAUCAUGUCCAAUCAAUCAAAGCAGCAGUUUUCGCAAGGGAACUUAGCUGUGGUCCAGCAGAAGCAGAACUUUGGUCAGUACCAGAGCUACAACCAGCAGCAGAUGCAGCUACCAGAAAACAACAUGAAUGUAACACAGCAGAGCUUUAUGCAAAGAAAUGUGGGCAUGGAUGGCCAAAGGCUAAAUUGUAUGCAGCUGCGGCAGCAGCCAAUGAGUGUAGGCCCAGGGAUGAACCCUGAUCUGGGCUCACAGGCAGGGUAUAACCAAGCUCAUCAGAUGCUAAGCCCCAGUGCAAUCAACGGCAACCCAAAUCAGCUUUCUCCUUCUUGCAGCAACAUGGCAACAAAGUCUGGGCCCCACCUCCACCCUCAGCAAAUGGACAUGGCGACCGACCCAUCCUUAAUGGUCAGCAGCAACAGCGAGCGCACAAUGCUGAACCAAGUCAUGCACGAACCGAGCCAGCAGAACUACUCAUCUCAGCCAACCCACAUGAACUUCCCUAUGGCUCAGGAGGCUUUCCAUCAGCCCAUCAUGCCCUCCAACCAGCAGAGCUUUGAGCCCCAGCAGAGCAUGAUGGGUUCAGCGGCGCAGACGUAUCCACCUGGCAUGGUCCAACCUCGUCCCCCUGCUGAGCCCAGCCCAGCCAACAGGCCUCGAGGCCUCCGCACCGUGCAGCAGCUGGGCUACAUGAGAACUCCCCACCCUACAAACACCAUGAGUCCUGGCCAAGAGGCGGUGGAGGCUGUGCAUAAAAGAGCCGGCGACAUGUUGCCAGCAUCGACCCAACAGUGUGCGGAUGGCACGAGGGAAAAUAAUUUGAUGUACUAUUAUGGUCAGAUCCAUAUGUAUGAACAGAACAGCGGCUUUGAUAAUCACUCGGACUGCAGGGUCAGGCAGCAGCAGUGCGCACUGAGCAGCAAGCCAGCCGCUCUGCCAUCCCCGGGCACCAACCAGGUGUCCAGCACGGUGGACUCACAAGGUCUUGAGCCGCCCCAGAUAGAUUUUGAUGCCAUCAUGGAUGAUGGGGACCACUCGAGCCUGAUGUCGGGAACCCUGAGCCCCAGCAUCCUGCAGAACCUCUCCCAGAACUCCUCUCGUCUGACGACUCCACGAAACUCUCUGACUCUGCCCACCAUACCCACAGGAAUAAGCAAUAUGGCAAUAGGAGACAUGAGCUCCAUGCUGACCACCCUGGCAGAAGAGAGUAAAUUUCUCAACAUGAUGUCCUAACAGUAAAGCACAAGGCCUGAGUGCUAUCCAAGGGGUCUGUGUAAAGCAGGUUUAUCAAAGUGCUUUUGAAAAAUAACCUGUUCCAAUAGAGUAGACUUUUGUUUUGUUUUGUUUUGUUUUUGUAAGUAUUAAAUACCUUAAAGGGAUUCAAAGUGGGAAAAAAAAACAAAGUAAGUCUAUGUACGGAGCUAUGUAAACUACAUGCAGGCAGAUCAGCACUGCAGAGGUGCACCUCUAGUAUUACUUUUGGCUUUAUUCCCCAGAGCACUGAACAGAGUAUUGCCACCAGGCUAGGAGACUGCAUGGUUAAAGACAAAAGCCCCCUACCUCCAUCCCUGUAGACAGCGCUCCCCGUCAUUUCCCAUUAGUUAUGUUUGCAAAAAAUUCCAUUCUCAGCCCACUCCAGGAAAAAAAAAAAAAAAAAAAAAAAAAAAAAAAAAAAAAAAAAAGGAUGUGAUUUUGAUCAGAAUUAAAGCCAUACUGUGUAUGCCACUCCAAUGAGAGCGGUGGUUAGUUAUGUCUCCAAACAAGCCCUCUGCCAGCAGUAUUGUUUUGUACCACAAAUACCUUUGUACCUUGCAAAGAGCAUGGAUUCCAAAUGGCUUCUCAGCAAAGUGCCUUACCGUGCUUUCGUGUUUAAUAGCCAAGGCCUCUCUUCCUUUAAAAAUCAAAUAUAGCGUAUUGCCAGAAGUGUAUAUGAAAUGUACAUUUAUAAAAACAUAGCAGUGUUUCUGAGAAAACAUUGGAAAGACGCAUUGAUGAGACACUUGAAAGGUGAAUGUGCUCUUUGAUCAGAUGUGUUUACAACGUGGUUUAUAUCAAGUGCCGAGUGGAGCAGAGGCCCAGGAACAGCAAUCACUGGGAAAUAAUCCCCUGUGGCAGGAAGGCUGCAGUGUGCAGGCUGACACACGCACAGCUGUGCCCUCUGAGUGUUGCUGGGACUUCUAUAAGGGUCCUGAAUACUUCUUUAAUGUUGUGUUUCUGAAGCAUGCAUUACCAUAUCCCCGUGCAGCUUUGCCACAGCUUUGCUUUCCUUUGGGUUUUCUAAGAUAAAGUACUCACACAUUGAAAAGUGAUAGCAGUGGAGGGUUUCUGGUUGUUUCGGCCCAGUCUGCACUGUAGGACCUAGUCUGUUUGGCUGGGGUUCAGCUGGGUGAUGCGCUCCAUGCAGGGCUCUACCAAGGCCCCAUGCAUGCGUCAGGCACGUGACAGCACUAACAGGAGGCCAACCAUGAGCUAAUGCAUGCUGCCCUGCAAGGAGGCUUGUUGGCACCCACCCAGUGCUGCGUUAACCUGUCUCCCAGCUUUGGUCAGCAUGAAAAGAGCUGCUGUAUUCAAAAAGAACACCCUGGCCGACCUACAAACUGCUCUUUGUACCCAGGCUGGUUGAGCUCAGCACUGCACCUGCAGUCUGCAGUGUAGGCAGACAUCUGGAUAGUCUCAAAACAGGUAUUUGGAUCAAAAUAGUGGCUCUGUCUGGGAGAAUAUCUUGCAAACAUUCUUGGGGAAGAGGUGGAAGGAGCAGGGCUUCCCAAAACCAAAUCCUCCACCAGAAUAUAACUGCUUCUAGUAAUGAUUAGCUGUUUCCAGGCCAAACUCAUCUGGCACCGAAGCCAAUCCUUAUAGUAUUAUUUAUUUAUGUUGUUGCCAGACAGAAGGGUAGAAGUGGUGGGUGCAUGUAGGCAGGAGACCCUGCUUAACUCCUGAUUGUGCAGGACAAGGAUGAUUCUCCCCAUCCUGCUCUCACAGCCCCACGUGUUGAAGGGAACAAGUGUGGCAUCCUCCCUAGGUUCUCACAGUUUGACCAAAUACAUCUUCAGGGCCUCAUUCUCUCCUUCCCGUCUCCCCACCAUGGCUCUGUCUCCAUACCCUGCAUAAGACGGCGACGGCCCUGUAAGGUGCUUUCUGGUUUCCCAGCAUCCCUGCUUUCCUUUUGCACAAGCUGAUGUGUCAGGCUCACUGCUCCCAGCUGGUGUGAAAACAUCAAGUGCUAUCUCCAGGAAAACUUUGCGCUGUUUCAUACCCAGCAGCUGGGGUUGGCAGUGGUGGCUGGGACAGCCCUGCUGCCCAACAUCCCUGGGCACAGCUGGUGCAGGAAGGUGGUGCUCAGCAUCCUGCGAUCCCAACCUCAUCCCAAAUGCAAAGGGUGUGCACAGGAUGCUCUCACCUCGAGGUCCCACUGAUGUCCUGGGUGCAUGAGGACAGGAAAGCGAAGCAAGGUGUCUGGCUGUUGGUUUGUGUCUCUCGUGAAAGGUAUGUGUAAAGGGAUUGUUUUAUAGUCUGCUGUAUAUAUUCUGCAAUUGCUGACCUUGCCCUUGCCUUUGCAUUUAUGAAAAGAGGGCAGUACGUAUUUUAGGAUGUUGAUUGUUGUCCUGGACACUCGGAGUGCAACUGGGCAUCCCAUGUGCUACAUCCAGUCAGGCCUUGGUGUGUCCUUUGACUGCUAAUGUGAUUUUUUUCAACAGCUGCAUAGGGCAGUGGUGUCUGCUGAGUCCCUCUUCACAGAUAUCUCAUUAACAAAAGAUCAAAUGCAAAAGCAAAACCAAAUGACUUGAGAUUUCUCAGACUUUCCAGAUGUGGUCUUCCUUCAUUUACUGAAAUAGUAUUAUAAUAACCAUUCCAGCACUGUACAUAUUAUGUAUAGAAGACAUCAUUACUAAAAGUACUGUAGGUGAAUUGUUCUGUCAAAUUUAUAUCUUAAGAACAUUUUUAGCUGUUUUCUACAUCGUAAGAACGGAGGUAACAUGCUGAAACUGUAUAUAAACCUUUUGUACAUUAAAAAGUAAUUUUUUUUCGUAA